UUGAGGAAUUCGGAGAAUCGCUUGCUGGGGAGGGCUUUGGACAAGACGGCAAUAGCGUCUGUCUCUAACCACUGUUGCGUCCGCUUGAGGAGGGUGCAGAUCGCUUCGAGUUCGAUGAUGACGAGGCCGCAGAUGACAUGGUAGAUUGUUACCAGUACGUCGAACACUGCACAGAUGACCUCUUUGACGGGUUGCCAGGUUGUCACUAUAGCAGGCCAGUAGUUGAGGAAGUCUUGGUGGCGCCUCCAGUAGGCGGGAGAGAGUCGUCCAUAAGGAGAUCAGGGCGUGUUUUGCUAUGGUCGGGUACAGGAUUUUGACCCAAGUGACCGUGAACAUCGCCAGGAGGGUGGUGAGGAUGUAGAGGGUGUGCGGGACGAGGAAGACACGGCGGAGGAGGUAGGCAUGGUGGCUGAGACGGAGGAGGCUGAGAACAUUGAACAUGGACCACAGGGCGAUCAAUCCCAUGACGAGCUGGGUUCCGGUGAUGGUCAUCUGGUCCAGGAACUCGAUAGUUGCCCGCACACGGUCGAUAAGCGGCGAUACCUUAGUGAAGAUAAGCGAGUCGAUCGUGCCUGUGGGAGCUGCGGUCUGAUAGUGGUACUCGCGGGCAUGUUUCCGGGCGACAGGAGCUGCGGACAGAGAAGCAGAGCCGAAGGAGGGGAAGGACGAGGAAGAAGAUUUGGAGGAAGAAUUCGUGGAACCAAAGGCAUAACCCGAAGAUGGUGGUGGAGGCGGGGGCAACACGGUCGGCAUAGCCGGAACAUGGCCGAGCGUGACGGUCACAGUCGGGAAGUCCUCUGGAAUCACCGUCUUGACCACGACGUUCGUGACGAUCUGGGGCUCGACGGGAGAUGCGACGAACUGCUGGUAGAAGGUGGGCGUGAGCACCGCAGCAACGACAGCAACUUUCUUCCACACGUUGGCGAACGACAUCGUUGGCAGUGGAUUGUGAAAAGAAGCUGUUUGAGGAGGUUGUUGACAAAUAGUCUCGGGAAGUUGAUGGUGGACAAGAGAGUCUCGGGAAGUGGAUGACUGGCAAUAAGCUCUAGUCGGUGAUGGUUGUCGGGGAGUAGAUGUAGUGAGUGACUGGCAAUAUGCUCUAGUCUUUGAAUAAUGACACUUGGUCUCGGGAGGUGGAUGACUGGCAAUAUGCUCUAGUCGUUGAUGGUGGAUAGAAAGGUGUCGGAGAGUGAAUGGAAUGGAUGACUGGCAAUCUGCUCUAGUCGAGGAGGGUGGACAAGAAAGUCUCAGGGAGUGGACGAGGAAGACAGCUGGCAACAAGCUCUAGCCGUU